GAAGAAUUACCCCAUUCUCCGCUUAGCAUUCUUCUUUUUACUCUCUUUCCUUCUGUGUAUAUCUUUUAUAUAGUUCUUUUUCUUUUUUUUUUUUCAUGCCAUCUUUAUUACCAUGUUUAUUAUCAAUAUUAUUCAUAUUCACAUUAAUAGCUCAGGCAGUACGAUUUGAUCUUACAGCAUCUCAAGCCGAUCGCCCGGAACCUCGUCAGCGCUGUUUAUCUCAGUUUGUCGCCAAAGAUACUCAAGUUUAUAUCACAGUUAACGUGGGCAAUGGAUACAAUCAACGAGUCGAUCUCAAAGUAUCCCAAGAUGGCGAUGUACCCAAUGUCUAUACAAGAAAACGAGAUUUACAACAAAGUUUUGCCAAUGCAUUCAACACCAUUUCAGAAGGACAAGUGAAGGUAUGCUUUACAAAUACUCUAGACGAAGGUUUUCAGGAGGCAUCACAAUACAAACGAUGGAUUGACUUGGAUAUGAAUAUUGGUGCAGAAGCUAUCGAUUAUACAAUUCUAGCAAAGACGGAACAAUUGGGUCCACUUGAAUUAGAACUACGUAAAUUGGAAAAGGUUGUUCAGGAAAUCGUAGAUGAAAUGAAUUAUCUGAAAUCCCGUGAAGUAUUUAUGCGUGAUACCAAUGGUAAGAUGAAACAAAAAAAAGAAAUUGAUACCUAUUUAAAUAUUGAUCUUCGUUAUUAUUAACAUUAUCAUUUUUUUUUAUCUAUACAUAGAAUCAACCAAUGAACGGGUCAAAUGGUUUAGUUUAUUAUCUCUUUUUACACUGAUUAGUUUAGGUUGUUGGCAAACAUUAUAUUUACGUCAUUACUUCCGUCGAAAGCGAUUGAUUGAUUAGAUUACUUGUUUUUUUUUUAACCUAUUGUAUACAAAUAAAACAUACCAUUUUUUGAUCUAUU